GACAGACGCUUGCAACCGGAUUGCAUUCAGAGUACCGCUGACACAAUGAUGUGAGGAGCUUUAUCUAACUCUCUGCUAAGGAUACCUUUUACUGAGUACGUAUGGGAUGCUCUAACUGACAACUACAUCUCCACCUGGGACGGCGCGGACUCAGAGGGACUCAACGGAAAUCUUUCUGACCAAGAGAUCCACGAAAAAGAGGAGGAGGAGAUGAACGAGAAGAAUGACAAUGCCAGCUGCUUGAACGAAGAGCCUCUCAUCACAGCUGAUCAGGUCAUUGAGGAGAUAGUCGAGAUGAUGGAGAACUCUCCGGAUCCCGGUGAAACUGAGGAGGAGGAUGAAGAGGAGAGCAGCCACUGCUCCUCCAGGACCAACCCCUCCCUGCUGGAGGAGAUCAGACAGCUUUCGCAGGCCUCCAACAACAACUGCUCUUAUGAAGGCCUGAGUCUGAUGCCCAGCUCAGCGCUUGUCGAACUGCUGCACCGGGUAGAGGCUGCCAUCCGCGAGUACUCAGAGGAACUGGUCAGCCAGUUGGCUCGGCGUGAAGAGCUGGAGUUUGAGAAAGAGGUGAAGAAUACGUUCAUCACUGCCCUGAUGGAGGUGCAGAACAGACAGAAGGAGCAACGAGACAGUGGCAAACGCCGACGUCGAGACAAGGCCCUGAGCCUGCAGGGCGGAGGGAUGGCAGCUGUGAAUGGAGGGAAUACGGGCUCCACGGAGAAGACGGGGAGCAUGCCUAUCAAGCGUUUCAGCAUGGAGGGACUCUCUAACAUCCUGCAGACUGGCAUCAGACAGACUUUUGGAAGCACAGGGAAUGAGAAACAGUAUCUAAACACAGUCAUACCAUAUGAGAAGAAAGGCACCCCUCCAUCUGUUGAUGACCUGCAGAUGCUCACAAAAAUUCUUUAUGCCAUGAAGGAGGACAGUGAGAAGGUGCCUACGCUGUUAACUGACUACAUAUUGAAAGUCCUGUGUCCUACUUAAAGCACCGCCAGGCCAGAGGCUGCAACUUGACGGAGAAAUCUUUUCCAGCCCUCCUUGCCUCUGGCCCGAGCUGCAUGACUUCCCUCCUUUUCCCAUUAUCAACCAUGGAUCCUCACCAUCGACAUUAUUGUAUUCACCUCAACUAUGACUACUGCCUUUCGCUGAGCUCACCUUCUCCUAUACUGCACAUUAAGCUCAGGCCAGACCCAAAAUGGCCGCCAUCUGAAUAGUUAAACGACUGGGACAGCUAAUUACACUUUAAAAGGACUUCACUAAUGGAGCAUGACGUCCUAAUAAAUGCACCAGUUUGGUACAGGGAUAUGUUAAUAUUGUCUUAUUUCCCUUCAUUUCCUUCUGAUUUCUUUUUUACUUUUUUUUAGUUUCCUCUAACAGAAUUUCAAUGUUGCCAAGUUUUGACAUUUAUUCAUAAACUGACCUCUUAACCACUGGGUUCUGUUUUAUUCACUGAUUCAAAAGGACUACAAAUGAAAUGCCAUACUGCACCCAAAAGUCAUCAUUUCCCUGUAUUUUUCAUCUGAAUACAAAAGCCAUCAUGCACCUUUAGUGCACUUAGUACUGUAGCUCCAUGUGAACGAAAAACACACAACUAUUACGGGUGCAGUGCAGUGCAUUGGAGAGCUUUUUUUUUUUUUUUUUUUGUUGCUUCACUAUCUGAACAUCCAGUGCUCUUCUGACUUUUUUGAAAUUUCUUUUAAUUUAUAACUAAAUAUUUGAAAUGAACUCUGUUGCUAAUUUUUUACUUUUAUUUACUGUAUCAUCAGAGUGACAGGCUUCUGUGCAUUCCACCCCGUUCAGCCAAGUGGAGGUGUAUCAGUGGGUUUUCCUUGGAUAUAUCAUCCCCUGAUGAGAUGAGCUCAUUUCAGUAAAGGCGUGCAUAUUAGCAUAUUUAUGACUUCCUUUGCGCCAUGUAGGUGAAUGUUACAUCGCUAAUUGCAAACUCUAAUAAACAUUCUACCCUAAUGCUGUGUCCAUUUGCUUCUUUCUGUCCCCACCUUGUGUCAUCUGAUAAUUUGUCAAGAAAGAAUGGCAUUGUGUCAUUUGGUGCCAACACCUGA